UCUGCACAAUAAAUAAACUGAACCUGUCGACCUUGGUGCCGGCGUGUAUAUGGCAUUAGGCAGGGCUGGUGCUGAUGAGAAGAGGAACGGGUGGCACUGACUGGUUUCAGGAUUUCAUUCUUCCGUGCAUGUGCAGAGAAGAGCCGAUCCGAACGUUUUCCCUCCUCAGUUUCGACUGCUUCUCAAAAGUGGCCAGGAACCCGAGGCCAGGAUGCCUUCUUUGAUUUGGCGACUUGUGUUGGCCAUCUUCCUGACGGCUCGCCAGAACUUCAUUGAAGCCGGCCAGGUAUCAGGAAAAUGCGAACCAAUCACAGUCAGCACUUGCCGUGGGUCAGGGGUCCUCCAUCGGUAUACAAGGAUGCCGGUUGAGGUACCUGGUCCCGGACCGAUGGACCAUCAGCACUUCAUGACCCAACAUGAAGCUGUUGGUCAGCUCCAACCCUAUCUACCCAUCAUGAGCAAGGCUAGGGGAUGUCGGGAGUACCUCAAGCCCUUGCUUUGUGCCGUCUACCUGCGGCCUUGUGACCACGAGUCCGUCGGUGGGUCGCUGCCGUGCCGUGACUUGUGUGAGAAAGCGCAGGCCAGCUGUAAACGCACCAUGCGUCACGUAGGAUUGGACUGGCCGCGACAGCUAGACUGUACUAGGUUCCCCAGUGCAACACAGUACAGCACCUGUAUGUCAGCAUUAAACGUUGGCCCAGUUGAAGAAGUAAGAGACAGCGCUGACAACGUGCCGACGGUUGAGGUGCGAGUGACCUGUAGCUAUGAGCUUUCGCCUAAGAUUCAGCCGCAGUGGUUAACCCCGGAUGGCAACCUGAUAACUGAUGACGAGAUGGAACGCAUCUUUGCACAGAGAGUAAACAAGCACACUACAAACCUCGUGAUACUCCGGUACACAGAUUCCUUCGAUAGCGGCAACUACACUUGCAUUGUGGGGGACAGCGAGUUUACCCGCUCUGUGACGCUCGCCAACAUCUAUGAACCCGAAGAAGAACAAACCACCUGUGAGCCCAUCCCUGAUUUCUGGUGGUGCCGGAGCAACGUCAACUAUGCCGAGAUCCAGCUGCCAAACACCUACGGGAUGAGAACGAAGGAUGAGAUCCGCCACAAGCUGGAGCGUUACAGCGAGGUGGCCCGCUCGGGCUGCUCUCAAUACAUAGGCGCGGCGCUCUGCGCAACGUACCUGACGGAGUGUGACUCCAGCAGGGAUGCCCAUCGACCCAUGCUCUGCCGUGACCUGUGCGAGAAGGUGGAUCGGGAGUGCGCGGAGGCGUUCCGAGAGGGUGGCGUUGAACCCCUGUCCUGCGACGGAGUGGUGCGGCACACAGACGGCGACUGCUACAAUGGAAUCGAGAUUAGUCCUGCGGAGAGUUUCGACACGGCCACAGGAAAACGGGUAGAGGUGGAGUGUUACCAUGCGCCCAUAGUCAGGGCUGUCUGGGUCACCCCAGAUGGAGCCUCAUUGCGUAUCCCUGGUGACCCAGAAUCCCGCAUUACGGUGGAAGUGGAAGGCAGAAAUAUUCUCCGUCUGGUCAUCAACGACUUUGUGGAUUUCAAGGAUGCCGGCCGCUACACCUGUAGCGAUUGGGACACAUUCAACCGAACCAUCACCAUUGACAACAUCUACCAACCCAAUGUGACAACUCCCUCCCGUCCUGAGAUUGAGAUAGGUGAAGUGAACCAGGUCGAUGUUCUUGGCAUAAGAUUUACAUCUGUUGCGUGCGUUUCCACAUCUCAGCCCCCAUUCCUGCCCAUCUGGUUAGAUCUGUACGGCGCAGUGGUACCCCUAGACGAAGCAAAUCCAUUUAGUCGCUUCAUAGCAUCAAAAGUAUCCGAAAGUGAAGCAAUGCUUUUCAUUCGAGACUUUGAGGAUUCCACCGAUGCUGGUGUCUACACUUGCCUUGGUCAAGGCCCGGACUCUGCCCAGACCAUAGUCAUUGGGGACAUCACUCUUGGUCCCCAGAUUAAUCUUACAGAACCUCAAGGUGAGAUUGUGAUUGGUGACGUGACCAUUUCGGAUUUUGCCGGUUCAGUGAUUGCAUCAGUUGGGUGUACUUCCACAUCCAUCCCGCCAUUUCAACCCAUCUGGCUGGACAUCUAUGGCGCAGUGGUGUCAAGAGACAUUUCAGCGAAUCCAUUUAGUCGCAACUUUGCUGUGAACACUUCUGACGGUAUAACAGGGCUGUUCAUUAGAGAUUUCAAGGAUUCCACCGAUGCUGGUGUCUACACUUGUCUUGGUCAAGGCCCAGACUCUGCCCAGACCAUAGUCAUUGGGGACAUCACUCUCGGUCCCCAGGUUAAUCUUACAGAUCCGUCAAAGCAACCUCAAGGUGAGAUUGUGAUUGGUGAGGUGACCACCAUGAAUAUCGCUGGUUUCAUGAUGACAUCAGUUGGGUGUGCUUCCACAUCCAUCCCGCCAUUUCAACCCAUCUGGCUGGACAUCUAUGGCGCAGUGGUGCCCAGAGACAUUUCAGCAAAUCCAUUUAGUCGCCACUUUGCUGUGAACACUUCAGAUAGUGUAACAGGGCUGAUCAUUAGAGAUUUCAAGGAUUCCACCGAUGCUGGUGUCUACACUUGUCUUGGUCAAGGCCCAGACUCUGCCCAGACCGUAGUCAUUGGGGACAUCACUCUCGGUCCCCAGGUUAAUCUUACAGAUCCAUCAAAGCAACCUCCAGAUGAGAUUGAGAUUAGUGAAGUGGUUACUCUGGACAUCAUCGGUUCAAUUUAUGCAUCAGUUGCGUGUAUCUCCAAAUCCAGCACACCAUUUCAGCCUAUCUGGCUUGACUUGUACGGCGCAGUGGUUCCCAUAGCCGAAGACAUUCCAACAAAUCAAUCUAGUCGCAUCCUUGCUGUGAGAUCAUCAGAUGGUGUUACAGGACUGGUCAUUAGCGAUUUCAAGGAUUCCACCGAUGCUGGUGUCUACACUUGCCUUGGUCAAGACCCAGACUCUGCCCAGACCAUAGUCAUUGGGGACAUCACUCAGGGGCCACUGGCUAACCCUACCACGUUGCCCUCUGUCGCAGAACCAUCAGAGCAACCUACAGAUGAGAUUGUGAUUGGUGAAGUGAGCACUAUAAAUGUCGUAGGUUCAGUGUAUGCAUCAGUUUCGUGCACUUCCCAGUCUAGCCCGCCAUUUCAACCCAUCUGGCUGGACUUGUAUGGUGCAGUGGUGCCCAGAGACAUUGUAAGAAAUCCAUUUAGUCACCACUUUGGUGUGAACACUUCAGACAGUGUAACAGAGCUGGUCAUUAAAGACUUUGAGGAUUCCACGGAUGCUGGUGUCUACACUUGCCUUGGUCAAGGCCCAGACUCUGCCCAGACCAUAGUCAUUGGGGACAUCACUCAGGGGCCAUUGGCUAACCCAUCAGAGCAACCUCCCUGUGAGGAGAUUAGAAUUCCUGACUGCUCUGUUGGCAUCGGCUACUCAUCAACCUACGUCCCUAGCCUAGUCGGGUUGGGCCAAAAUGAGCUGGGUGAUGUCUUCCGCGGUCUGGAGCCCGUCUUCGCCAACCCUUGCAGCCCGUACUUCCGCCCCUACAUGUGUGCCCUCUACCUGCCGCCUUGCCGCGAGAGGGCCGUUCUGCCUUGCAAGGAGCUGUGCUUGACUGCUGUCGACCAAUGCGCAGAGACUUUGAGGAUCACAUUCUCGGUGGAGGAGCUUGCGGGUAUGAGGGAGAGUUGUGCCUCCAUGCCCAGCGAGAAUGAGCCCGGUGCCAAGUGCCAUAAUGUGAAGGAGGUUGAAAUAGGCGCAGUUGCAGGCGCAGGAACACGGAGGGUGACUGUGGAGUGCACCUACAAUCUUCUGCCUCCCGUCCAGCCGAGAUGGUUCUCCCCAAGUGGACGAGAAAUCCUCAGCGGUUCCUGGAGGCGGGUUCGAGUGAUUGAAAGCUCAGAUUCCAUCACCGUGCUGGAAAUUAAGAACUAUGCGCCACACAUAGAUGAAGGCAGUUACACCUGUGCUGGUCCCAUUCAGCGUGUUACCGUGGACCUGUAGGAACCUCAAGAAAUGGACGAUUCAGCUGAGCAAGCCUCGUGAUGAUUUGCCCAUGCCAAGCUUGGAAACUUGCGAAACUUUGUGUUAUACUGAUACCGAUUUUUAAGUCUAUACAGCUGUAGAAUUAACAUAUAUUGUAGAGAAACUGUUCAGUUUGUGUUAGCCUUAUAUGAUACGAGUGCACAAAAUAAUUAUCAUGAGUGGCCCGUUUCAUUGGGAAUCACCUGAUAUGCUGGCAAUCAGCCAUAGCAUCCUAAUUUCCAUGAUCAACUGGUUUUGUACGAGUGACUUGUUUACGUACAUAUACACUCUUGUACUUUAUUAUGUAGCAGUGAUUUGUGUUUUUUAAUUCCCCCCCCCCCAAAAAAAAACAAACAAAUAAUAUUUUGUCAGAAUUUUCUGUUGUUCAAACCUAAAGGGGCAGGGUUAUUUUAACCAUCUCUCCCCUCACCUCAGAUCUUGAGUGUUGAAAAAUUAUGAAACUCGGUGGAUGCAUAGAACAACUUCAUAUGAACAUACCCAAGAAAUAGAAUUACCAUUGGUUAAGGGUGUGGAUUUUGGCUGAUUAAUUAUUUAAGUGCACAAAUGGAAAUUCUGCUUUGUGUAGGGAAAUUCAGUGGCACCCAAUGGUCAAAAUUUCAUGUUUUUUUGGUAUCGAAAGAUGUGCAAGACUCGAGGCUAAAAAGUCAGGAAAGCUCGGGUUGGGAAAUAUGUUUUGCAAGGGUAUCGCUGAAAAAGUGGAGAGAGGGUGUAGAUUCCUCCCCCCCCCCCCCCCCCCCCCCCCCCCCCGGCCCUUUUAGUGUACAAAUAAUCUUCCAUUUUGUUGAAAUGAAUCACUGACUGAAUUUAUAUUAUAAGAUAAUAAUUAUUACUUGACUUCAGUAAACUUGUUUAGUAUAGUAUUGCAGUGAUUUGUGGUGUUUAUUCCCCCCCCCAAAAAAAAAAAACCCAAGAUAAUGUAUCACAAAUUUCUGAUGUUAAAGUUAAUCUUCCAUAUUGUUGAAAUAAAUCACUGAUUGAAUUGAAGUGAAAGUGUUA